ACCUACUACUACUCCUACUCCUACAACACCAAAUCAUCUGUAGCUACUACUACUACUCCGACAUCAACGUCAACAACACCAACAUCGACAUCCCAAUCAACUCCAGUAUCAUCAUCAACACCAACUACAACUCCUACAUCAUCCACACCUGCAACCACAAACAGCAAUGGACAAACUUCAACUACCCCUUCCGCCACUAGUACAACUCCAACCACAACCUCCAUGACAUCCGUCGCUACUACAUCAUUUACCCCAUCAACUAGCUCAAUAAAUUCUUACGGAUCAACAAUCGUUGUCACAACGGAGAUAUCCACGACAACCUCAAUCCCUGUCUCAACAACCUCUCCUACUACUACAAACAACUCAUCAAACACCGGCGCAAUCGUAGGUGGCGUCGUCGGUGGUAUCGCCUUAAUCGUCAUCUUCGGGCUCCUCUUCUUCUGCUUACGUCGUCGCAGAAGGCGAGACGAGUUCGACGGCAACUUUGACCCCGAUCGUGUCGUUUCCCACCCCUCAGGUGGCGGAACACUCCCCCAAGUAGACCUUGGCGAUGAAACCGAGAUCACCCCCUACCCUGACCAUGCCGGAAGUAUGCGGCAAUACGGAGAAAGUCCCUUCUUAGCUGCGGGUCCCGCCGCAGCUGCCGUCCCAGCUAUCAACCGCACAACCUCCCCACUCAGCUCUCCCUCCCAAUACAGCGACACCGUCACUUCUCCCAGUGAGGGAUACCCCUCUCAGGGGUUCAUACGCCCAGGCCCGGGCCAGUAUCCUCAAGGAGCACCCAACAUGUACGCAAUGCAACAAGCAGACUGGCACAACCCACUCCCGCUUACAUCACCCGCCCCAAGCGUCAGCAACACCUCCUCCAGCAGCCGGGCAAUGAAGGAGAGAGAAGCUGCUGCUGGCCGUCAAGGCCUGAGCCUCGCUACCCAACAAGAAGUCGACGGGGAGGGGUCUGGCGUUGUUCAGCAUCAAGAUGCGGGACGAGCCCAUAGUGAAGAAGAAGCCGGAGAACAGAGAGAUGUUCCCCCUGCGUAUGAGUCUAUAAGGCAGUAGACUGAUUGCGCGCAGGGUUUCAAAAAGACCAUAUUUGAAGUUGAAUUUGUAAUGCUGCACCACGUUUUACACUCACGUUUCGACGGACACCACUUAAGUUUGGAUGAUCAUACGUAUGUGUAAAGUACAUUGUCGUCGUCGUCGUCAUGAUCUCAGACCCUCUUUUCCUUGAUUAUUUUUGACGUUA